AGAGAAAACAGCGUCUCCUUCUCAACAUAGGUCUAAAACUAAAAAGAAUGAUCAAAAGCCUUCCUCGAAGAGUAGGCAUGGAGAAAGCAAGGACAGAAAAAAGGAUAGAACAAGAGGUGAAAAUAAUGGGACGAAAGUCGCUCAGGACCAAAAGAAUCGUCAUGAUAAGCAAUCGGAGCAUGGUGAUCGUCAUCAUGACCACCAUCAUCACCGACACCAUCACCAUAUUAUUGCUCCAACAGGGGGCAUAAGACAGCGCGACUCCAGGCCAAUGAAGCGGUCGAUGAUCUUAGCAGGGAAGAACAAGAAGGUGAAGCAAUGGGAUACCCCAAAGCUGGAUCCUGCCGCAUUGAUGACCUCCCGUGCUGGACGCGUGCGGAAGUCGGAUCUUGUGCGUGCGGAACUCGCAGGCUUAAAGAAGGGACACGAAGAACGGCUGAAUCGUUGUAGAAACGAUUUUUUAGACACGCUUCAGAAAGUGACGAAAGUAGUACUGGACGAGCUGACGAAAAGGGGGCCAGAACUCAAAGACUACGCAAGAAAGCAGGGCUAUUGCCAAUAUGCAGAUGCUGGAACGCGAUGGGGUGAAAUUAUGGUCCGCGAGCCGGAACAGUAUAUGGCGGAGAAAGACGACGCAGUCAAAAAGGAA